AUGCGCCUCAAGACGACAACUAUUCGGGCUCAAGACGACGCGAUGAAGGCCUCUCACCGUGACAUCUAUCGACGGAGAUCAUCCCACAGUCCAGCUGAAAGGACCAGCGGCCGAAGCGAUCGUGCUCGGCCUCGCCGCGAGGCGGCGAGCGCAGGGAGCGAUCAACAAGCUCAGCUGGUGAAGACCGUCGUAGACACAGACACCGCAGCCAUCAGCACCGUGAUAACCGCCACGAAGAUGAAGGACGAUCGUCUCGGAGGCAUCGUGGGACGCGAUCAUGCUCUUGCUCGCCGCAAAAAUCACACUUCCCGUGCUCUGGGUGUUCAUAGAUAA